UUUAUGUGUCACUGAUAACAUUAUUUAUGAAUUGUUUUUUUUUCUUAAGAGUAACGUUUGGAUUUCCUUUUCUAUCUUUUUAUUUCUUUAAAAUAAAUUAAUCAACCUUUAAAUAAUCAUCAUCUUAUUUUAUAGUUUGUAGGUAAUUGGGGGAAGACACAGAUGAUAAGAUACUUCAUGACUGAUAAGCAUUUGAACCGUAAUUAUGGAAAAAAAAUGUCGAAUGUCUUUUAGGUACGUAAAUUUUCAUAUCACUUGAUUCUGAAUCACUAGAUAAAUUCGAACGAUCCCAUUAACUUUAUUGAAUCAAAAUACCAACAAAGAACCUUAUUAUAAUAUCUUCUUUAAAUACAUAAAUACCAUACAAUACACAAAAACAAAAGUAAUACCAAUAAGAUAAAAUAAUAAUAAGAAAAAUAACAUAUCUAGCGACACCUCGAAAACCAACCUUCUACAAUCGCAUCAGAUUUAAACUUAAUCCUCUGAUAAGACAAAAAUCACACCCUCUCCUGGCCUCACCACGUCCGGCGGAGAUAGCGCGAAGGCGUCGAGAGAUAAGGAAGCCAAAAAGGGACACGAAGACACCGAGAAGGGAAAAGGAGAGAGAGACUCGAGGUGUUCGGAGCGUCGGGUGCUCGUGGUCGCGAAACAGAGUCCACACCAUGGCGCCGGCGAAGGCAGACAAGACCGAGUCCGUGCGACUAUUCAGAGGUCAAGACUACGCCAAGUUAAAGGCCAAGUGCUGGUCAGAAGCUCAGCUGUUCACCGACCCGGAAUUUCCAGCUGAUGCUACGUCGUUGGGUUUCGAUAAGGACGUGGAGUGGAAGAGACCGACGGAAAUGGUGACUUAUCCACAGUUUAUGAAGGACGUUAACAGAUUUUCAGUCGUGCAGGGAGAAUUAGGAGACUGCUGGUUCGUGUCUGCCCUCUCUGCCAUCACACAGAACCCGGGUUUAUUGAGACGAGUGGUUCCCGCGGGUCAAGAUUUCACCAUGAAAUACGUGGGAAUUUUUCAUUUCAGAUUCUGGCAAGGAGGCGAGUGGGUGGACGUAGUGGUGGACGAUCAGCUGCCCGUCAUCUACGGCUCCACGCUCUGCUUCUCCAGUUCGAGGAAUAACUCGGAAUUUUGGUCCGCGCUGCUGGAGAAGGCUUAUGCGAAGCUCCACGGCUGCUACGGCGCCCUCAACUCCGGCAAGAGUUACGAGGCGACGGAGGACCUGACGGGCGGCGUGACGGAGCGGUACCUUCUGCAUCGCGAAGACCUUCCGCCUCCGCCUAGCCUCUUCAGUGUCGUCGCGAAGGCCAGGCAGCGCGGGUCGCUCGUCACCUGUAAUGUCGCGGGGAGUUGCGAAAAGGAAUGCGAAAACGGGCUGGUGUUGGGCCACGCGUACAGCAUCACGGGCGCCCGGAGAUGCAGCAUCAACGUCCCUUGGAAACCCUACGUCGACUUGGUCCGAUUGCGUAAUCCCUGGGGAGAUGAUACGGAGUGGAAGGGCCCUUGGAGUGACGGGUCGGACGAGUGGCGCCUCAUGUCUAAGAGAGAGAAAGAGAGACUCCAGUUGACGGACGCCGACGACGGGGAAUUCUGGAUGUCCUUCGAGGAAUUCAAAAGCAAUUUCGACGAGGUCUUCAUCACAAGCCUGAACCCUCACACGAUCAACCAAGAGGCCAAGGAACAGCUGUACAACUUGGCCGACGUGGUGACCGAGGCCAUCCUGCACCCUGAACAACUGAGGGCGCCGGAGGUCAAGAUGUCGAGGGUGUGGGAGGUCGUGACCUAUGAUGGGUCGUGGGUGAGGAACUCCACGGCAGGGGGGUCGCCUAAUAACCAGAAGCUCUUCAGUAACAACCCUCAGUACCUCCUGAAGCUGACGGAAGCUGACGACGAUACAGAUGAAGCUGACACCUGCGCCGUAAUAGUGUCCCUCACGCAAAAGAAUAGACGCGUAAACCAGCUGCCGCUCCAUCCUAUUGGAUUCUUCGUUUAUCAGAUUAACGAAGGAGGCGAAGUACCAACGCCAGCCACCGUGUCCUGGUUCCGCUUCAACGCCCCUCUGUUUUACACCAAGAAGUUCACACAGACUCGAACCGUGACGCACAGACUCUCCCUACGCCCUGGCCAGUACCUGCUUAUUCCCUGUACUCUAAAACACGACCAGGAGGCGGACUUCCUGCUGAGGGUGUUCUGUGAGAAGGUCGCGGUUAUGGAAGAGAACGACGAACAUCCCAUGAUUCUUGAUACUCCCGAAACUGACGAGGUAGACUCCAGACUGGACAGCCUCCCGGAGAGUCCUAAGAUCAACAUCCUACGCGGAGUCUUUCUCGCAUCUGCGGGAGAUGACAACGAGGUAGAUGCUGUUAAGCUCAAACUCAUCCUGGAUCAUCUCUUCCCCUACGUGGAAUUUUCUUUGGAUUUGUCUCGGAGUCUCUUGGCCAUGAUGGACGGCGACCUCUCGGGAAAAGUCAGUUAUUUCGAAUUUGAAAAACUGAUCCAGUCUCUCAGGCGUUGGGUGAGAGUCUACAACGAGAGGAAAGACGAGGAGAACGAUCUCCUUUCGGGUCACUCGUGGGGCCUCGGCGACGCGCUCAGGGACCUCGGCCUCCAGAUCCCGCGCCGCAUCCGGGCCCUCGUGGUGGUGCGCUACGGCGACCAGCAGGGACACAUCGCCCUCAGGGACUUCCUCAUGGCCACCUGCAGGAUCUCCGUCAUGUUGGAGAGAUUCGAGAGUCACCGAGACCCGGAUGACCGAGAAGCGAGCAUCCGCCUCCAGGACUGGCUUCGAGACACGCUUUACUGUUAAAUGUUCUUUGCCUUCCCCCUCCCUCCCUCCCUCCCUCCCUCCCCGCUGUUAUGUGAUGUUAGGAAAUAAAGUUCUUUGGGGCUGA